ACUGGCUGAUAUUAUACCGUUCUCCAGGCGCGAUGCGCGUUAUGAGAAAGAGAGAGAGAGAGAGUCAGUCUCACGUGUGACAGUUCUUCAUUCCUAGGUAGGCAAGACAUUUGGCAAGCUGAUGACCUGCUCGCACUUUAAGGGACUUUCUUCUUACAGACCAGGAGAGCUGGACGCGUUUCCAGUUACUCAGAGAACUCCAGCGUGCCUUUUGACAGCUGACAAGUGACAAGCACGUUCGCUUCUUGCGAGCUUGUUUUAUUCCGCAAACUCGAUAGAAAGAUCGGACUGUCUGAAAGUCAUGAUGGAGAUGAAGGUGCUGGGAUGCGCGUUGCUUUUUCCUCUCCAGAUCUUCUUUUGCUUAUUGAGGGCGAUCGUGCGCUUCUUUACGCGCCAGAAGCGCAGAGAUCUGGGCACUGAUGUGGUCCUCAUCACUGGAGGUGGAAGAGGAAUCGGCCGUCACCUGGCUAAAGAGUUUGCCAAACAAGGAGCAAGAAAGGUGAUUUUGUGGGGGCGCACAGAGAAAUGUUUAAAAGAGACAUGUGAGGAGAUCUCCAUGACUGGAACAGAGUGCCAUUACUUUGUGUGCGACGUGGGCAACAGAGAGGAAGUGUACCAGCAGGCCAAAGUGCUCAGGGAAAAGGUCGGGGAUGUCACCAUUCUUGUCAAUAAUGCAGCUGUUGUCCAUGGAAAAAGUCUUAUGGACAGUGACGAUGACGCACUCCUGAAAACCCAGCACAUAAACACACUUGGACAGUUCUGGACCACGAAAGCAUUUCUGCCUCGCAUGCUGGAGCUCUGCAACGGCCACGUGGUGUGCAUUAACUCCAUUCUCUCCCUCUCCUCCAUCCCUGGAGCCAUCGACUACUGCACGUCCAAGGCCUCGUCUUAUGCCUUCAUGGAAAGCCUGACGCUAGGCCUGCUGGACUGUCCAGGAGUGGGCUGCACCACGGUGCUUCCCUUCCAUACUGACACAGAGAUGUUCCAGGGCAUGAGAGUUAGGUUCCCUAAGCUGUUUCCUCCUCUGAAUCCUGAGAUGGUGGCCGAACGCACUGUAGAAGCUGUAAAGACCAACACUGCGUUUGUUGUUCUGCCAUGGACAAUGCACUUUCUUGUCAUCCUUAAGAGUCUUUUGCCCCAGUCUGCCCUGGAAGAGAUCCAUAAGUUUUCAGGAAGCUACACCUGUAUGAACACAUUCAAAGGACGGACUUAAACUUAGAAGCAAUGUGACUGUGAAAAAUCCUCAAAACCUAUUUUUUAAUGCAAAGCAAGCACUACGUCCAGGAACACCAAUCAGUUGCUUUGUGGACGCAAAUAAAUGAAUAAAUAAAUAAAUAAAGACUGUGAAAGGGAUAUUGGGAACAGCAUGUCAAGAUGGCUUGUUUUCCCAGGAACUGUUAUGUCUGCGAGUUUUAUGUGGAUAAAUUUGGAUUUGUUGCCCUAUACUGGACUGCACACAGGCAUGUAGGUGAAUGUGUUCUUUAGAUAUUGUGAUAGUAAGGAGCACAGACUGUCACAGUUAAAGGGAUAGUUCACCCAAAAAUGAAAAUUACCCCAUGAUUUACUCACCCUCAAGCCAUCCUAGGUGUAUAUGACUUAUACAAUUACAGUUUUAUUUAAAAAUGUCCUGAUUCUUCCAAGCUUUAUAAUGGCAGUGAAUGGUGCUUGAGAUUUUGAAGCCCAAAAAAGUGCAUCCAUCCAUCAUAAAAAGUGCUCCACACUCCUCCGGGAGAUUAAUAAAGGCCUUUUGAAGCAAAUCAAUAUGUUUGUGUAAGAAUUUAUGGUUUAUAAAGUUUUAAAUAUGGAACAUUUUCUUACACAAACAUAUCGAUUUGCUUCAGAAGGCCUUUAUUAACCUCCCGGAGCAGUGUGGAGCACUUUCUAUGAUGGCUGGAUGCACUUCAUUUGGCUUCAGAAUCUCAAGCAACAUUCAUUAUAAUUAUAUUUUUAUAAAGAUUGGAAAAACCAAGACAUUUUUUAAUGUAACUCCAUUUGUAUUCGUCUGAAAGAAGAAAGUCAUAUACACCUAGGCUGGAGGGUGAGUAAACCUGGGGUAAAUUUAAUUUUUGGUUGAACUAUCACUUUAAUAAUGAAAUGGUUCUUACAAUGCUCUGAGGUUUUCAUAAGGGCCUGUUUGCCCUUGUAAGGUGUGACUUGGGAGUUUUAUAGAUUUUCACUGAUUUUAAGAACAUUUUUGUAACAAAAGUCAAAGUCAAGUCUUCUACCACAUACGGCAAAUGUAUAUAUUUUUUCAAAUAUUUAUAUUUUUUUAAGUUGCUAAUAUAAAAUAUAUUUACAUAAACAUUAAAUUGCAAUAAGUUUUUGCUGUUUUCUCAUUUAUCUUUUGGCCAUUUUAUAUAUUUCAAUCCAAAUGUAAUACUGUCCAAAACAUAUAUUUAAGAUUGGAAGUGUAUCUUCUUUCUCAAAGUAUAUUUUGUAAUCUAUUUUGGUUGAAACUAAAUAUUUUUUUGAAUUUAAGCAGUUCUGUUUACCACAUAUAUUGGAAAUAUAUUUUGGCCAGGAAAAAAAAUGUAUAUUUUUUUGCCGUAUGGGACUUGUUUAAAGUAAUUCCAGCAUGUCUAUCUUCAUAUUACUGUCAACUUCAAAUAAACGGUAUUUGAGCUUAAAAAAAA